GUUCUGCUGAUUGCUGUCUGAACCAAAUUUACUUGCUUCAGCUACACAAGAGUCUCAAACUACAGUUUCUCUCUCUCUCUCUCUCUCUCUCUCUCUCUACCCACUUGCUUAAGGCUGAGGACCAGAAAAGCCAAAGAUUAAGAAAAAUUCUGCAGGAGAAAAAUGUCUUCACCAAGCAAGCGGCGAGAGAUGGACUUGAUGAAACUGAUGAUGAGUGAUUACAAGGUAGAGAUGAUUAAUGAUGGAAUGCAAGAGUUUUAUGUGCACUUCCAUGGACCCAAUGACAGUCCUUAUCAUGGUGGGGUGUGGAAAGUUAGAGUUGAACUGCCAGAUGCUUAUCCUUAUAAAUCUCCUUCAAUUGGAUUUAUCAAUAAGAUCUAUCACCCUAAUGUUGAUGAGAUGUCAGGAUCAGUUUGUCUGGAUGUUAUCAAUCAAACCUGGAGCCCCAUGUUUGAUCUUGUUAAUGUAUUUGAAGUGUUUCUGCCACAACUUCUUCUGUAUCCUAAUCCAUCAGACCCUUUGAAUGGAGAAGCUGCAGCGUUAAUGAUGCGUGAUAAGGGUAGUUAUGAUCAAAGGGUUAAAGAGUACUGUGAGAAGUAUGCUAAACCCGAAGACAUAGGGGCGGCUACCGAAGAACAAUCUAGCGAUGAGGAGAUGAGUGAAGCAGAAGAAUAUGAUUCUAGUGAUGAACAGGUGGCUGGUAAAGCGGAUCCCUAGCUUUGAAUCCGUGUCUUGUUCUUUGUAAUCUACCUGUACAUGAUGUUGUAGUUCUGUUUAUUCACCUUACUACAUGUAAUGAACUUGAUUGUGGAUAAGGGGGAAAAUUCCUCUUCCUGUUAGUUUCCUAUCACGGUAAAUAAGGCACCACUGAUUUCCUGAUCCAA